UAAAAAUAAAAAGAAACUGUAACGGCCUGGAUGAUUUCGGAAUCUCAAUCGAACGGCUUCACGUCUCUCUCUGUCUCUAUAUAAACAUUUGCGGGUUACUGAGAAGGAAACAUAAUUUGGAAAAGUUUUUAUUUUUCGGGCUGUGAGAUUUCAGUGAUGGCAUCGUCCAAGGCCAAGCAAAUUGUUCAAGCGAAUUCCGUCGUCGUUUUCAGCAAGUCGUAUUGCCCCUUCUGUGUCACCGUGAAAAAGCUUUUGGACGACUUGGGAGCCACUUACAAAGCUAUGGAAUUGGAUGUUGAGAGUGAUGGAAGUGAAAUACAAGCAGCACUGGCAGAGUGGACGGGACAGAGAACAGUGCCAAAUGUAUUCAUUGGUGGAAAACACAUCGGGGGCUGUGAUGCAACUACUGAUAUGCACAAUCAAGGGAAGCUUGUUCCUCUUCUUACAGAAUCUGGAGCUAUUGCAUCUAAAUCUUAGAAGGAAUGCAGUAAAUUUGGUUAUGAAUUCUAGUAACGAAUGGUUGUGUUGAAGUGCUUUCCUUUUCCCUUUUUAAUGUAUCACAAAAAUUUUAUCAUUGCAAUGUUUUACAAUCUCGGAAUAAUAUGAUCAAUUUACAA